ACUCUGGUUACUGAUCUCUGAAAAUCACAUGAUGAUGUUUGGUAAUGAUGCCGUAAAGUGAAUUAACUGCUGUGCUAUAUGGGCCCAACCUGUCUUCCUUCCUCCAAUGGUUUUGUCCAGUUUAUUGGAGAGCGUGAUGGUCUCAGAGGACCAGUUUGGGGCAAAGUGCACUUUUCUGUGUUUGGCCCAUUAAGUCGCUUUUUAGUUUCACCUGCAGUGUGGUGUCUGAAGAGCGUCCUGAGACAUACUCUCUCAGCAUGGCUCGGACACUUCAGCUGUCCUGGGCCUUACUUGCCCUCCUCUUCCUCAGUGGACUGCAGUGUGAGCAGAGUAAACAUGCCCACAGCCGGAGCAAGAGAGACAUCAGCGAUGCCCAGCCUCGUAUGAUCUCAAAGGAUGGUCACCUUACUUUUAUGCCGGGAAACAAUAAAGACAUCCAUUUUGAUACCUCAGGUACGGGUCAUGUGAAAGUAGGGAAUGAGGACCUCACUGAGCAAUUACAGCAGAUAAAAACCAAUAAAGCUGACAUAGAAACAAUAAAGAACAGUGGCCCAUCUCAAGAGAUCCAAAACCAGCUGAAUCAGCUGAACACAAAAGUGGCCACACUUGAGUCCAAAGUCCAAACAGUAGAGCAGACUAUCCAGCGGAAGACAUGUAGCAGCAACCCAUGUCAGAACUCUGGGACUUGCCUAAACCUUUUGGACUCCUUUCACUGCCUCUGCCCUCAGAACUGGCAGGGUCCCACCUGUGCUGUGGAUGUGAACGAGUGUCAGAUCUACGCUGGAACCACUCAGGGUUGCCAGAAUGGAGCCACAUGUGUUAACACUCCUGGAUCUUACACUUGUAAUUGUCUGCCGGAGUGGUAUGGACCCCACUGCACCUCUCGUUAUGAUGACUGCGCAGGGGGGAGUCAGGACUUGUGUGUUCAUGGGGUGUGCAUUGAUUCUGACAGAGUAACACCUAACGAGCCCAAAUAUAAGUGCAUCUGUGAUGCUGGGUGGAUGUCUCCGCCUGGCAGCUCUGCAUGCACAGCAGAUGUGGAUGAGUGUAGCCUACCCAACAAACCCUGCUCCACUAAUCCCCCUGUACAGUGCUUCAACACUCUAGGCUCCUUCUUCUGUGGUGCUUGUCCAGCAGGCUGGCAGGGCAAUGGCUACAGCUGUCAGGAUGUGAAUGAAUGUGAAACGAACAAUGGGGGAUGUUCUACCUCCCCAAUGGUGCCCUGUCUCAACACCAUGGGCUCUUUCCACUGUGGACAGUGUCCUCCAGGUUACGAGGGAGAUGGAAAGACUUGCACUCAGUCUGACAUAUGCUCAACUAACAAUGGAGGAUGUUAUCCUUUGGCCACUUGUACCGCUGUUCCAGGCAGCAAUAUCCCUACAUGCACUUGUCCCCCUGGCUAUGUGGGGAACGGCUUUGGUCCUGCUGGUUGUACGCAGAUCAUUGACACCUGUGGCACCAAUAACCCAUGUGUCAACGGCCAGUGUGAGAACACAGCCACUGGAUAUGUCUGUCACUGUGACCCAGGCUGGACAGGCCGGAACUGUGACCAGAAUGUUAACGAGUGUGCAAGUAACCCCUGCCAAAAUGGAGGCACUUGCACUGAUGGCAUUAACGGCUACACUUGUACCUGCACAUCACAGUGGACAGGCCCGCAGUGCCAGACUCCACAACAAGAGUGUGGAGGAGUCCUGGAGGGUCCAUCUGGUACAUUUAGUUAUCCCAACACUCCCGGACAUGACCAGUAUGACCAUAUGGUCAGUUGUGCCUGGGUGGUCAGAACUGAUGCAGACAAGAUUCUGCGGAUCACGUUCCCUUUUUUUGACCUUGAGCAGAGCUCCAUGUGCAGCUUUGACUUCCUACAGAUCCACGAUGGAGAAAGCGCGUCAGCCUACAUGCUUGGCAAAUACUGUGGCACUAAUGCCCCAGCUGAGCUCUUCAGUUCCCACAACUCUUUAUACUUCUGGUUCCGCUCUGAUCACAUAAUCAACAAAGGCGGCUUCACCGUGGCCUGGCAGUCCCAAGCACCAGUGUGUGGUGGCCAUCUGACCAAUCCGUAUGGUGACAUCAAAUCACCUGGCUACCCAGGCAACUACCCACCAAACCGUGACUGCUAUUGGACAAUAGAUGUGGGUCCAGGCCUGCUCAUUACCUUUGCUUUUGGAACACUCAGUCUUGAGCACCAUCCUGACUGCAACUAUGAUUAUCUUGAAAUCAGAGACGGGCUGCUUCCAGAGGACCCACUUCUAAACCGAUACUGUAGCAGUGGCUCUCCACCACCGCUGCAGACCACAGGUCCUGCUGCCUGGAUCCACUUCCACUCCGAUUUUGUUAUCAGUGACCAGGGCUUCCAUAUCACAUACACCACCUCUCAAACUGACCCAGGAUGUGGAGGCACAUACAUAGAAAGUCAAGGCAUUAUCAUCUCCCCUAACUGGCCUAAUAACUAUGCACAUAACAAACAGUGUAUUUAUCUGAUCCGGCUGCCUCGAAGUGAGCAGGUGGCCUUAAACUUCACUCAUAUGGACCUGGAACCUCACAAUGGCUGUGAAUUUGAUUAUGUGGAGGUGCGUGAUGGCCCAGGGGAAACAGCCCCACUUUUUGGAAAGUACUGCGGUACCACACUCCCUGCCCCUAUCUUGUCAUCUGCUAAUGCCCUUUGGAUUCGCUUCAAAUCUGACAGCUCUGUCAGCCGUGCUGGCUUUAGGGCUGUAUAUGAAAUCCACUGUGGAGGAACUCUCUCAGGCUCAGGCCAGAUUCGUACACCCCUUCACCCUGACGCCUACCCUCACAACAAGAUGUGUGAAUGGGUCAUCAAUCAGCCCACGGGCUACGUUGUGAUGCUCAACUUCCUCACCUUUGAUGUCGAGGGCAGUGCAAGUUGCUUAUUCGACUAUGUAGAGGUAAGAGAUGGUGCUACAUCCAGCUCUCCCUUGAUUGGCCGAUAUUGUGGAAACCAGGUUCCCAGUAUGUUGCAGUCCACACAGAAACACAUGUAUAUAGCAUUCAGUACUGAUGCUUCAGUCAGCAACCAUGGCUUCACUGCAGAGUAUGCAUCAGUUAUGGAAGGCUGUGGAGACACUCUCACAGCUCCUACAGGUAGCUUUACUAGUCCUGGUCACCCUACCAACUACCCUCAUGGUGCCAACUGCUCCUGGCACAUUGCUGUAGCGCCUGGAAACAUCAUCCGGCUGUCUUUUACCUCCUUCAACCUGGAGUACCAUACUAACUGUGAUUUUGACUAUGUGGAGGUAUAUGACAAUGGCACAGUUCAGACUGGGCAUCUUCUGGGCAGGUACUGUGGACGGUCAGUUCCCCCGUCACUGACCAGCACUGACAACCUCAUGACCGUCCUGUUUGUCACAGACUCCAGCAUGGCAACUGAAGGAUUCGCCGCCAAUUAUGUCUCAAUCAAUGCCAGCAUGGACUGCAGUGCAGUGUUCACAGCUCCAACUGGAGUGUUCACAUCACCCAACUACCCCGAUAACUACCCCAACAGCCGCGAGUGCAUCUUCAAAAUUAUAGUUGAGGUCAACAAUCAGAUCAUGCUGAACUUCACAGAUUUUACCCUGGAAGGUGGCAGCAGCUGCGCAUUCGAUUAUGUUGAAAUCAGAGAUGGAGGCUUCGAAACAUCGCCUGUAAUCGGUCGAUACUGCUCAAACCAGGCUCCACCUUUAGUGCUAUCGCAUAGUAACAGACUGUGGAUCAAAUUCCGCUCAGACUCGUCAGUCACUUAUAAAGGCUUCACUGCACACUGGGAUGGCACACAGACAGGUUGUGGAGGAACUCUGACCACCAGUGUUGGUAGUUUCACAUCCCCCAACUACCCCCUGCCCUACCACCCCAAUUCUGAAUGCUACUGGCACAUUAAAAUAAGUGCAGGAAGUAAGAUCCAGCUCAGCUUUGGAAACUUUCAUCUGGAAUCCAGCACUGGCUGCUAUUAUGAUUACCUGGCGGUGUAUGAUGGAAACAGCACAAAUGCUCGUGAGUUGGCCAGACUAUGUGGGAACCAGCUUCCUGCCCCCAUUAACUCCACCAAAGAGCAUCUGUAUGUUAAACUACGCACAGAUAGCAUCAUCAGUGCGGGGGGCUUUGUAGCUUCCUACAUUUCUAACUGUCAGGGUAUUGUAAUUGCCAACCAGACAAACGGUGUGAUUGAGAGUGAGAACUUUCCCAACAACUAUCCAUCUGAUGCUAGCUGCAGUUGGACCAUCCAGGUGACCAUGGGCAACACCAUCAACUAUACCUUCACUGCCUUUAACUUUGAGGGUCCCUUUCCCAGCUGUAACUAUGACUACUUGGAGCUUCAUGAUGGUCCAAAUGCACAAGCCCCUCUGAUUGGUAGAUUCUGUGGGAAUGUACCCCCUCCAGCAAACACUACCUCCGGGAGCAGCCUGCACAUUGUGUUCCACUCUGAUUUCCUGGUUUCCAGUACUGGUUUCCGGAUGCUCUGGUACCAAAAUGGUUGUGGUGGAGAUCUCACUGGGCCAGCUGGCUCCUUCAACAGCCCUGGCUAUCCUAACAGAUAUCCAGACAACCGGGAGUGUGUGUGGUACAUCCAGACCAGCCCUGGCAGCAGCAUCACCAUUACCAUUCAUGAGUUUGAUAUAGAGUACCAUCCUGACUGUAACUAUGACCUGCUAGAGGUUUACGGUGGUCCUGACUUGAGCUCCCCUAGACUGGCGCAACUCUGCACCACUCGACCCCCUAACAACCCCCUGCAGGUGUCCAGCACAGGCAAUAGCGUCACUGUGCGUUUCAAAAGUGAUGCGUAUGUCAGUGGCAGGGGCUUCAACGCUAGCUGGCAAGAGACUCAAGGAGGCUGUGGUGGAGCUGUCACAGCUCCUAGAGGAGAGAUUCAUUCUCCUCAGUUUCCGAACAACUACCCCAACAAUGCUGACUGCUCCUGGGUCAUCACUGUGGACACAGGCCACCGGAUUCUCUUCAACUUUACUGACAUGGACAUUGAGGGUCACACUACAUGUAAUUUUGAUUAUGUGGCUAUACAUGAUGGACCAGGAGAGCAUUCUCCUCUGCUUGCAAAGGUAUGUGGGUUUUCCAGACCUGAUCCCAUCAUCUCCACACGGAAUGUCAUCUAUGUUCGCUUUAGAUCCGAUGUCAGCAGCAACCACAAGGGCUUCAGAGCCGAGUUCUCAGAGGCAUGUGGGUCCACCAUCAUGGCUGAUGAUGUGGGAGGUGAUAUUGCUUCUCCAAACUACCCUUACGCAUAUCCCAACAAUCAGCAGUGCAGCUGGAUCAUUGUUGCAAAAGAGCCAUUCAACCAUGUAACACUGUCCUUCACUGACUUUGAGCUGGAGAUGGUGAACACAAACUGCUCCCAUGAUGCUGUAGAGAUCUUAGACGGCAACAAUUAUGAGGCCCCAGUAGUUGGACGCUAUUGUGGAACUGACAUUCCCCAUCCAGUCACCUCAUUCAGCAAUGCACUAGUGGUGAACUUUGUCUCUGAUUCAUCUGUGACCGGGAAAGGCUUCAGGGCAACGUACAUGGCCUCAACCUCCGGCUGUGGUGGUAACCUGCACAUGGAGUCUGGGGCCUUCAACAGCCCCAACUAUCCAGACGCCUACCCACCCAACAUUGAGUGUGUAUGGACUAUCAUUAGUUCCCCUGGCAACCGUCUCCAGCUGUCUUUCAUUCUCUUUGAGCUGCAGCAGAGUCAAGGCUGCAAUAAUGACUACUUGGAAAUUCGUGAGGGGAACUCUACUGGCACUCUCGUUGGCCGUUUCUGUGGAAACACCCUUCCUUCUAAUUACACCUCACUCAUCGGUCAUGUGCUGUGGAUAAAGUUUGUCUCAGACUCUUCUGUCAGUGGAGCUGGCUUCAGGGCCACAUUCACUCACUUGUAUGGAAAUGAUGUCACGGGUAGCUCAGGCCAGAUUGCUUCACCUUUGUAUCCACGUACUUACCCCAACAAUGCAGACUACCGCUGGACCAUCACCGUCAGUGGAGACUCCUAUAUUGAGAUCCGGUUCCUGGAUAUUGAUAUAGAGGAUCUAUAUAACUGCUUCUAUGACCAGCUCAAGAUAUUUGAUGGACCUAAUGUCCAUGCAUAUCCCCUGGGAGUUUUCUGUGGUCUGAUUCGGCCUCAACCUGUGAGAAGCUCUGGUAGCACAGUGACUCUGGAGUUCAAAUCAGACUUUGUGAUUGGAGGAAGAGGCUUUCUUGUGGAGUGGACAGCUGUUCAGAGCUCUGGACCUUUGCCCACUAUAGCACCAGGUGCUUGUGGAGGGGCUCUUAUGCCUGAAGAGACACCCAGGUUCCUCUUCUCUCCUGGCUGGCCUAAUCAGUAUGAGCCUAACCUGGAAUGCACAUGGGUAAUCCGUUCACCAGACUCCACUGUGGAACUCAAUAUGCUGUUUAUGGACAUUGAGGAUCAAGCCGUGUGUUUGUAUGACAGUUUAGUCAUCAGGGAUGGUGAGACAAACUUGUCACCACAGCUGGCAAAGCUUUGUGGCCGUGAGCUGCCUGGUUCUCUUCAUUCCACUGGUGACUCUAUGUUCCUGCGUUUCACAUCUGAUGCCAUCAUUAAUGGCCGUGGCUUCAAUGCGUCCUAUUCUAAAGGAUGUGGAGGCCUGCUCCAUGCAGACAGAGGAGUUCUCAGCUCCCCUCACUAUCCUCAGAACUACAAGCCUAACCUGGACUGUAGCUGGCACGUGAUGGUGACUUCUGGUUAUAGAGUGUCUGUUACUUUCCUGAGUCCAUUCCAGGUGCAAGGCUUUGGCACGGCUUGCAGCUCUGGAGACUAUCUGGAGUUGAAGAAUGGGCCGGAUGGUAAUGCACCAUCUUUAGGUGGUCGUCUAUGUGGAUCCAACCCCCCUGCUGUUACACAGACCACUGACAAUCAUCUUCAUGUGCACUUUGUCUCGGACACCUCAAAUGAGGGCACUGGCUUUAAACUGUUAUUUGAAGCCCACAGUAAAGCUUGUGGAGGAACCAUUGAGUUAAGUGAUGGAGAUCCACCGGGUUACAUUACAUCACCCAAUUAUCCAUCAAACUACCCUCAGAACAUCGACUGUGUCUGGAUUAUCAUGGUUCCUAAUGGGGAGUCUGUGCAACUGGAUUUUGAGGAUUUCUACAUUGAGCCAAACACUGGAUGUUUCUAUGACUAUUUAGAAGUGCGUGAUGGUGUCAGUUCGAAUGCUGACCUCGUUGCCAAGCUCUGUGGCAAUACAAAACCAUCUACCCAACAUUCCACAGCCUCUGCUAUGUAUCUACGCUUUCGCACAGAUCACAGUAUCACACACAAGGGCUUUAAGGCCAAGUACUCUAUAGCUGUAUGUGGUGGCACAUACAUUGGCCAGAGUGGUACCAUUAAAAGCCCAGGAUAUCCUGAUUCAAAUUACCCAGACAAUUCUAAUUGUGAAUGGUACCUGGAAGGCCCCACUGGACACUACUUGACCCUCAGCUUCACGGCAUUCAACCUACAGAGCUCUGCUGACUGUACCAGUGAUUAUGUAGAAAUACGCGAGUACAAUGCUUCUGGCCGCCUGCUAGGAAAGCAUUGUGGAAACAGUCUGCCUGGACCCGUGGACACAGGAGACAGCUUUGCAUAUGUGAAGUUUGUCAGUGAUGGAAGUGGAAGUGCAGCAGGAUUUAGCCUUUCAUUUGAAGCCAGUGUAGAGGAAUGUGGUGGGGAUCUGAAUGCACCCUCUGGGACCAUCUCAUCUCCAAACUACCCCAACUUGUACCCUCAUAACCGGUUAUGUCGCUGGAAGAUCACAGUGCCUCCGGGUCGUAGAGUCACCCUCACUUUUACUGACCUACGGCUGGAGGACCACAACAGCUGUAUGUUUGACUAUGUGGAGGUUAUCAAUGGUGUGUUGUCCAAUUCCCCACGGUUGCAGCGAUUCUGUGGCUCUGUACCUGCAGGCACACAGGUGAAGUCCUCUGGCAACACCAUGACUGUUGUUUUUGUCACAGAUUCCUCCGUGUCUAAUGGUGGGUUUACUGCUGACUACUCCUCUGAUGAGGCAGCAGUGUGUGGCGGAAUCCUCAGUACCCCAGGGAACUUUACCUCCCCUGACUAUGGUGUUGGUAACUACAGCAACAAUCUGAACUGUGAGUGGCUGAUCCAAAAUCCUCAACAUGCGAACUCAUCCAUUGUGGUGAUCUUAAAUGACCUCCAUCUUGAGCACCAUCAGACCUGUGAAUGGGAUUACCUUGAGUUCAGACUUGGUGAUGUGAACAGCGAACUUCUGGCCCGAUUUUGUGGGCAGAGCCUUCCCACAGUCCCCAUUGUGGUGUCCACGCCUGAACUUUGGGUUCAUUUUCUGUCCGAUGAAGCGGUGGUUGACUUGGGAUUCAAAGCUACAUAUUAUUUCUCAGAUUGUGGAGGCAUGCAGAGUGGUGAGGGAGGGGCCAUUUACAGCCCGGGUUAUCCAGAUAACUACCCAAGCCCUAGUCGCUGUGCCUGGCUCUUAGAAGCUCCAGAAGGCCAUACAAUCACUCUGACAUUUACGUACUUCCAAGUGGAAGAACACAGCCAAUGUUUUUGGGACUCAGUGACCAUCUUCAAUGGAGGUUCUCCAGGUGCUCCCAUAAUUGGACAAUACUGUGGUCAUACAUCACCUGGGACAAUCCAAUCAGGUUCCAACAAGCUAGCAGUGGUGUUCCUGGCUGACCACAGUGUGUCCAAAGGAGGGUUUGUGGCUACUUGGUCAGUGGAUUCCUCAGGAUGUGGUGGGGUCAUACACGCUGACUCGGGUAGCAUCAAGUCCCCCAAUUAUCCCCAAAACUUCCCAUCUAAUACUGAAUGUUCAUGGACUAUCAUUGCUCAUGAGGGCAAUCACUUGGAAAUGGGUUUUGCAAGUGAGUUCCAGAUACCUGACUCCAGCGGACAUUGCCAGAGCAGCUACAUCAAGGUGUGGGCUGGAGACACACAGCAGAAUGAUGCUCUGUUGGCAACAGGCUGUGGCUCCACAGCUCCUCCUCCCAUCAUUGCUCCUUUCAACACCAUAACUACCCGUUUCCAAUCCACUGAAACACCUGGCAAAGGCUUCUCAGCCUCCUUCUUUACCCGAUGUGGAGCAAACUUCUCUGCCCCUGCAGGUCGUGUUGUAUCCCCUAACUAUCCAGAUCACUACCCUCACAACGCCAACUGUGACUACCUUAUAGAUGCUGGAGACCAGACAGUUAUUGUCGUCACUUUUAGAACAUUCCAGUUAGAGGCUCACUCAGCAUGUUCCUAUGAUGGAGUAAAGAUCUACAAACGCUCUUCAGAGAGUGAAAAUCUUCUUGCCACGCUGUGUGGCAACACCAUCCCAGGCCCAUUCUCCACUUUCGGUCCCAUGCUCAUCAAGUUCUACUCUGAUUCCAUCAUCAAUGACAAUGGCUUCCUGGCUGAAUAUAUGGCCAUUCCAUGUGGAGGCGUUUUCAAUGGCACUUCUGGAACAAUCGGCAGUCCUGCUCUUUCCAAUCUCCACUACCACCACAACAUGAACUGCACCUACCACAUCUCUUUACAAGACAAUCACAUUGUUGAACUCAAAUUCAACAGUUUCCACCUUGAAGCCUCUUCUACCUGUGGCUUUGAUUAUGUGGCCGUCUAUGAUGGACCAAACACCCUGGCCCCACUCCUUGGACGGUUUUGUGGCAGUAUACUUCCCCCAACCCUCAGGUCUUCAACCAAUCAUUUGUUUGUUGUGUUCAAAACAGAUGCAUCAGUUGCUGCAGAAGGUUGGAGGGCAACCUACAGAGAAACUUUAGGACCUCAGCAGGGUUGUGGAGGCUACCUUACCUCCUCCUCUGGGACGUUUGGUUCUCCUGACAUUGACAUGAAUGGAAAGUACGAGCCAUACUUGAACUGCCUCUGGACCAUUUCUGUUGACCCCAAUAAAGCUGUCAGCCUCUCUUUUACCACUUUUGAGCUGGAGGGUGGCUCUUCAUGUUCAUAUGAUUAUGUUAAGGUCUAUGAUGGUGAUAGUGUUAAUUACCCACUGGUUGGAACAUUCUGUGGAACCGUCAUUCCUGCUGCCUUCGUGUCAGCCAGUAAUUUUUUGACUGUGCACUUUGUCACUGAUGGCACAGUGGCUUUCAGAGGCUUUAACGCCACCUACAGUGCAGUCGACAGACUAUGUGGAGGAAUAUAUAAUGCCACAACCACAGCUCAGACUAUCACUUCUCCAUCCUACCCCAACGCAUAUCCUUCUUUCACCCUCUGCCGCUGGGUUCUUGAUGCCCCACCACAGGAGGCAGUGAAAAUUAUAGUCCAGCAGUUCCAUCUGCAGCCCAGCCAGAGCUGCUCCACCAACUUCCUGGAGAUGAAAGACUGGCCUGUGGGAGACUAUGGGCAGGCACAUAAGUUCUGUGGUUCAGACUCCCACAUCCCUGACUUCUACAGCUAUGACAGGACCAUGCACCUCACCUUCCAGUCUGACACCUUUAUCACUGGCAAUGGCUUUAGUUUGACCUACCAAGUGGCAGGAUGUAGCAGAGUAUAUGAGCAGUCUUAUGGUUACCUCAAGAGCCCUGGCUGGCCUGCAGUGUAUCCUCAUGAUAUGGACUGCAACAUUGUCCUUCGCUCACCUCAGAACAGCUCCAUCUCACUGUUCUUUGACAGCUUUGAUGUGGAGUCUCAUUCCUCCUGCAACUUUGACUAUCUAGAGGUGAGGAAUGGCAGCACAGCUACAGCUCCUCUGCUGGGCAGAUACUGUGGGAACACACUGCCCAAUCCUAUCUUCCCCAGGACCAACGAACUCUUCCUGCACUUCCACAGUGAUUUCUCAGCUGCUCGAAAUGGCUUUGAAAUCACCUGGACUUCCUCCCCACAAGGUUGUGGCGGUAGGUUGUAUGGAGACCAUGGCUCCUUUACCAGUCCAGAUUACCCUGGUACCUAUCCAAAUGGCACUCACUGUGAGUGGGGUAUUAGGGCACCCAGUGGAAGAGUUGUGACAGUUACAUUCAACCAGAUCAGCAUUGAUGACCCUGGAGACUGCCAGAACAACUAUCUGAAACUCUAUGAUGGUCCAGAUGCCAGCUCACCACCUGUUGGGCCGUACUGUGGAACGGAGACAAAUAUAGCUCCAUUCAGGGCCAGCUCCCACCAUGUCUUCAUUGUGUUCCAUGCCCAGUCUGUUGUGUUGCCUUCUGGAUUCAGGCUCACGUGGAGUAGCUGAAGAGAAGCUUGAAAAAAUAUAAAUAUACAUAUAAAUACAAAUACAUUUACUCAGACAGAAGUUUUCGAACAGAUUUUAAAUAAUAUAAACCACAAUUUAGUGCAAUAUUCACAUUCUAAUGUUAUUAAUAAUUGUCUAAUCAUCCUGUGAUAUUUGUAUAUGUUUUA